AUGAAAGUGAGUACACUGAUGGGUAAAAUAAGACGUGAAAGGACAAAAAUUCAUUAUACAGCGCCCAAAACUUUAGAUUUACAAAAUGAUGAACAAAUUGAUGAACCGAAUCAAGUUGAUGUAAUCGAAGAAGAACUCGAGCAUAAUUCGAAUGAUUUUGAUAAACGAAGUGUUAUAUCGAAUAAAACAUUAAAAUCAUUAGUGGCAAAGAAAAAAGAUAAACAAAAAUUAAAACACGAAUUAUUUAUGAAAAGACUUGAUACAGCCUAUACAGCCAAAAAACAAGAGAAAGAAAGAAAUGCAAGAAAGAAAACGGUUAUUGUCAGUGAUAUGAAAUAUGAAUUUGAACAAUCAUUACCACAAAUUGAAAAAUAUCUUGAUCAACAACGUUUAUCAAUUGAACAGAAUAAAUCAACGAAAAACAAUAGAAUACCAACUCAAAAGAAACGUAUUGAACAAUUUCAAACAAACGUACAAAUAUUUGAUGAUGUUCUAAAAUCAAAAAAAUAUCUUAAAAAUCCAUUCAGUGUUAUCAAGAAGAAUUUAGAAGAGCAAAUUCAAUUGACGAAAAAAUAA